CCACCUGCCUUGUUGUUCUAUGCAAUUCGAAACAUUCUUUACCCAACGUUCAUCCUUGGUCAAAUUCCCGAUCUGCUCAACGUUCUUACAACCAUCGAGGGAUUGCGCCAGUUCGCUACCAAAAAAAUAGGGCAUAUACUCGCGUUGAACCAGUUGUACAUAGAGCGCCCGCCCGACGACCGGGAGGUCAGGGUGUUGACAACGAAAGAGAUCCGCGCUCUCGCAUCUUGUCAAGCACAAAGCGAGUCCUUGAGAAAACAGUAUUUCCUCCUCUUGAAGAAUCUCUGCCAAGCAUAUAUUCAUUAUCUGUGGACAUCGCCCGAGUCAUGCCUGCUCGCAAAGCGAUUGAAUGACUUUUUCCCCGGUUGUCUGGAAGGCUACAGCCAGCCAUCCUCUCUCCGCUUCCAGAUGGAUCUCAGCGAGAACGAGAGGGCCGAAUUUGGGGAGUUAAAAGAGGAAGUUUCAACAUGGAUGAAGACGAUACUUGAAUGGGAGUAUGAACGAGAGAAGUCAGGAAAGCGGCAAGACCAUUCGAAGGCCGAUCUAGGGGCUUCUUUCAAAGAUGACUUCCAAGUCGCCUUCCCCCCUCAUGUUGGUCAUGCUGACAUAUUGGACGUGUUAGUAACAUACCUCACGCGCGUCGAAGACAUGAUCAACAAGUUGGAAAAGUGGUUCCCACCAUCGACCUGA